UAUGUUCGUACCUGUGCUACUAAGUGUGCUGGCUCUGGCUUCGGCGUCGGCUGACCAUGGCUACGGCCCGCCCCCUUGUUACCCGAAGACACACUAUGUAACAAAUUAUCAAACUAAAAUACAUGAGGUCCCGCACUACGAGACGGUGUACAAGACCCAGUACGUGCCCAAGACCCAGUACCAACCCGUGUACAAGACCAUCUACAGCACCAACUACCACACCCAAUACGUCCCGGAAUACGUCACCAAAACCUACUACCAGACGGAGCUGAAAUACGUCACGAACUACAAGACCCAGUACGUCACGCAACACCACACGAAAUACGUCACCAACAUCGAGUACGUCCCGAAAUACGUCACCAAGACGGCUUACAACACCGUCUACAAGACCAAUGUCCAGUACCAGACCGUUUACAAGACGGAAUACGAGCCACAUUACGUCACCAAGACGCAGUACCAGUACAAGACCCAUUACAAUACCCAGUACGUGCCCCAGUACCACA